AAAUUUUAUGCGCGCAUCUAUUCCAAUCCCCAUCGUCUCCUCCACGAGCACCCCUUUCCCUCUAUUUCCCAAACCCUAAAUUCCCAAUUCCUCUAAUUUCAAAACCCUAAUAGCCGUUCCCUCUCAUUUCUCCAGCGACCUCGCAUUCCGCAACUGCUAGAUUUCUCUUCCGAAUUCCAGGCGAAAAAACCCUAGCCAUGGGCUCCUACAAGGACGCAGACCCUUCCCUAGGGUUCCUAACCCGAAAGGACACUGAGGUCAAACUCCCACGACCCACUAGGGUUAAGAACAAAACCCCAGCCCCCGUCCAAAUCACUGCAGAGCAAAUUCUUCGGGAGGCACGUGAGCGUCAGGAGGCUGAAAUUCGACCUCCCAAACAGAAGAUAACUGAUCCCACUGAGCUUGCUGAUUACCGUCUCCGUAAGCGCAAAGAAUUCGAGGACCUAAUCCGGCGUGUGAGGUGGAAUGUCAGUGUCUGGAUCAAGUAUGCACAGUGGGAGGAGUCCCAGAAGGACUUCAAGCGUGCUCGCUCGGUUUGGGAGCGUGCCCUUGAGGUCGAUUAUCGAAACCACACCCUGUGGCUCAAGUAUGCGGAGGUGGAGAUGAAGAACAAGUUCAUUAACCAUGCGAGAAAUGUGUGGGACCGUGCUGUUACGCUCUUACCCAGAGUUGACCAGCUCUGGUACAAGUACAUUCACAUGGAAGAGAUUAUAGGGAAUGUGGCUGGUGCUCGACAGAUAUAUGAGAGGUGGAUGAAUUGGAUGCCGGACCAGCAAGGCUGGCUCUCCUUUAUCAAGUUUGAGCUUCGCUAUAAUGAAGUGGAGCGUGCUAGAGCGAUUUUUGAGCGGUUCGUACAAUGUCAUCCAAAAGUUGGUGCUUGGAUUCGGUUUGCCAAGUUUGAGAUGAAGAAUGGUGAGGUCGCGAGGGCAAGAAAUGUAUAUGAGAGAGCAGUGGAGAUUCUAGCCGAUGAUGAGGAGGCUGAGCAGUUAUUUGUGGCUUUCGCUGAAUUCGAAGAGCGGUGCAAAGAAACUGAUCGAGCAAGGUGUAUUUAUAAGUUUGCACUUGAUCAUAUACCCAAAGGAAGGGCCGAUGACUUAUAUAAGAAGUUUGUGGGUUUCGAGAAGCAGUAUGGAGAUAGGCAAGGGAUUGAAGAUGCAAUUGUGGGAAAGAGGAGGUUCCAGUAUGAAGAUGAGGUUAGGAAACCUCGUAAUUAUGAUGCAUGGUUUGAUUAUAUAAGGCUAGAAGAGAGUGCAGGGAAUAAGGAUAGAAUUAGAGAAGUUUACGAGCGAGCAAUUGCUAAUGUUCCUCCGGCUCCGGAGAAGCGAUAUUGGCAACGAUACAUUUAUUUAUGGAUUAACUAUGCACUCUACGAGGAGCUUGAUGCUGAAGACAUGGAACGUACUCGAGAUGUGUACAGGGAGUGCCUUAAUCUGAUUCCUCCAGAAGUUUUCGUUUGCAAAAAUAUGGCUUCUCGCUGCCCAGUUUGAGAUACGGCAGCUGAAUCUCAAGGGUGCACGACAGAUCCUUGGCAAUGCAAUAGGAAAGGCACCCAAAGAUA